UUUACUCCAAAUACCGUACCAGCAAACGCAAACGGUUCAGCAAUGGACGUAGCACCAUCCAAUGCUGAAACCCCAAAUAAAGAUGACAAAAACUCUCCUAGAAGUAGAACGAAUGUCCCUGUAAGCUUCAAAUUAUCGCUGAUUGCCGAAGUGAAGAAGCAUAACUAUGUCUGGCAAGACCGGAAACAGAAGAAGAAUAAAGAUCUUUGGAAUGACGCUUGGCUUAAGAUCCGGAGGGCACUUAACAUUAAAAAAACAGGAAUGUGCGAAAAGCAAUGGAAGCUACUGUGCCACGCGUACCGGAGCCACAUCAACAGAAACACGCCCAUGCAUGUAGACCUCAGCAGGGAGAUGGCCUUUAUGGCGCCUCAGCUCAAGAAAUGUAAGCAACUAAACUCAUGUUCAGACAUCGAACUGCUGUCGGACAAUGAAACGGGAGAGCCUGGGUCUCCGGUCAGAAACAAAACUCAACAAAAUCAUAAUCAAACUACAACACCAAAGGUAGGUUAUUAG